AUGUCGACAUCUGAGAUCAUCCCUCCUGUUCUGGAUAUCUCGCUGAGUGUCCAAACUUCUCCGCAUGCUAGGGCGAAGCGAAAGAUUGCUGCUCUGAUGGAUGAAAUUGAAAUCUUGAAGCAGGACAAGGCAAUAAAGCAAAGGAAAACAAUCUAUUAUGUUUCACAGGGACGAGCAAUCUGUCGUAUUGUUGCCCUUUACACCCCUAUAGAGGAUUUGAUCGCAGAAAACGACAGGCGGUGUGAAGACUGCGGGCCUAGCAGCAGCUCUACUACGGUGCAAGACCGUCUUCAACAUGGUUACAUCGAACUCGCCAAGGCAUUACCGUGGCUUCACGAUAAGCUAGCAUGUCUUGAUCAUGAAGAGUCAGAAGAUAUGCUCAAAAAGCUCAAGCGAGGUGCAGACUCUGCUCGUGGCGACGACACAGGGACCCUUAAAGAACUCGUUGCUUCCUGGGUCAAUAUUAAGUGCCAUCCGACUGCGCUCAUAAGGACUGACGACAAGCACCAUCAUGGUUUUGUGAGUGAUGCGUGCGGCAGACUCCUCUGUCCGGCGGAAUGGUCUUGGGAGGACCCGGUCGUCAGGGCUGGCAUUCGUGACCGCACAAUUGAUUUCAUCGUUUCAGAAAAUUCUUGGCCAUCGUUCAUGUAUGAAAACUACCAAGCUGAUGCUAAUAAUCUGGAGUACGGUCUGAUGAAGUCGAGGUUGUUAAUCAUGGGAUUCAAGGCUAUCUUUACUUCUCCCUCUUCUGCUAAUGAAGUGGACGGUGAAGGUAAUGGUGCUGAUAUUAUUGAAAAUAACCGAUGUGCCCGUAAACGGUCAGAUCAAGCCAGAAUCCGGUUCGCGCUUUCUAGUAUCAACUCCUGGCGCACUGUGGAUGGCGACUUUGACUAUCAGAUCUUCUGGACUAGCAUCGUCGAUUUCUUUGAGGAUGCUCCAGGUCCAGCCGCACGAACCAGGGCGAAUGAUUUGCUUGAAUGGUGGACCAGGCAAGUCAUUGACCAUUAG